GAUGGUUGGGAGGCGGUGACGAGCAGGAGGGAGCGCGCAGUACAGUAGAGAACGAGCGUGGCAUGCUGGGGACGCGGAGGCAGUUACAUCGAGGGAAGCAAGCAUGCAGCGUGGAGCACACCGGUACUGAAAGCGAGCGAGCAAUCUAGAGGGAACGUGUAUCCUGGCGGGCGCCUCUGAUACGGAACCUGGACAGCUACUAUUUCUCCGGGUAUACGGGACGGAGUUAGAAUGAAGACACCGGCAGAUACAGGAUUUGCUUUCCCAGACUGGGCGUACAAACCAGAGUCGAGUCCCGGGUCCCGACAGAUCCAGUUAUGGCAUUUCAUCUUGGAGCUGCUGCGGAAGGAGGAGUACCACGAUGUCAUCGCUUGGCAGGGUGAUUACGGUGAAUUUGUUAUCAAGGACCCAGAUGAAGUGGCAAGGCUUUGGGGUGUCCGAAAAUGCAAACCACAGAUGAACUAUGACAAACUCAGCAGGGCUCUACGCUAUUAUUACAAUAAAAGGAUUCUGCACAAAACCAAGGGAAAGCGAUUCACAUACAAGUUCAAUUUCAACAAGCUUGUGCUGGUGAACUACCCUUUCAUUGAUAUGGGCAUGGGAGGAGGAGGAGGAGGAGUUCCUCAGAGUGCUCCACCUGUGCCAACAGGAAAUACCCAUUUUCGAUUCCCACCUUCAACUCCAUCAGAUAUACUGUCACCCAAUGAGGACCUUCGCUCACCAUCUAUCUUCUCCACUGUAGCACGGCGCAUGGGAAGGGGUUCAGUCAGUGACUGCAGUGAUGGGACAUCUGUCAACUCCGAAGUAGAGGAGGGUAUGUCGGAAGAAAGGAGAGGAGUGGAGGUGACCAGCUUCCGUGGGGCUCCUCUGCCCACACAUGGACGACUCUCCCAUGACAGCAUUUUCAGGGUUUAUCCUCGUCCUAGAGUUCAUCCAGAGCCUCUUAGUCCUUUCCCUGGGUCACCUAUGGGUCCUGCCUUGCUUCCUCCUCAGUUAUCUCCAGCACUUCCCAUGACCCCAAACCAUCUGAACUAUACACCAUCACCUACACUGAGUCCCAUGUACCCAGGUGGUAGUCAUUUCUCUUUCAAUCCAGAAGAUAUGAAGCGAUACCUGCAGGCGCACACACAGAGUGUGUACAACUAUCAUCUUAGCCCUCGUGCAUUCCUGCAUUACCCUAACAUUGUGGUCCCUCAGCCCCAAAGGCCAGAGAAGCCCCCACAGCUGCCACCUGAAGAGCCAAGUCCUUUUAAAUUUAAACUCCAGCCUCCACCACUUGGCAAGAAACACAGGGAGAAACCGGUAAUAUCUCAGGUUGACAUGGCAACCUCUAGCACUUCAUUGUCUGCCAGUUUGGCUCCACCAGUACCACAAAUCAAAGUAGAGCCUAUAUCUGACAUAGAAUCUGAGGAGGAGCUAACUGUGGAAGUUACAGAUAUUAGUGAAGAUGAUGAAGAGGUGUUCAAAACUCCAACUGCUCCUUUGCCUCUUUUGCCACCAGUGCCUGAAAGUAGAUCCUCCCCUUACAAUUUGUACUGUGAAACAGAUUUGACAAGUGUUACAGAAAAAACAGUUGUGGACAGGUCAAAAGAAGCUGAACGGGAAGAAAAGGCCGAGAGUGGGAAGUGUAUACCACUUAAACUGCGCUUCAAGCGACGUUGGAGUGAGGACCAGCGGAUGGAGGCCAGUUCUGAGGAAUCUGACAAGAAGGUCCGGGCUGAGGAAGCAAGAGACAUGAAAGAGAUAUCACCCAUCAGGAAUCCGCCUCCUUCUGAGGAGUUCAGGUUUGGGCGGGAGGUGUCCUGGGAAAAUGGCCCAGCUCGCCGUGUAAGCACAGAUUUGCAGAGGGCAACUGCUGAGCUUUCUUUAGAAAACAAAGAUUUGUGACUGUACUGCAUACAGAUUUAAAUGUUUUAGAGGAAGAGAAUUCUAAAAAAGAAAGACUGGUGAAAAUAAUUGUAAUAAAUUCUGCGCUGCCUUAUGAACUCAAAGGGGUCUUUUGUGUUUUUAGGCCUUUUGUGCCAUGUGGCUUCUUUAAAUCCUGCCUGUAUUUUUAUGUUGUAAAUUCUCUUUGCCUUUAUAUUCACAUUAUGAAACUUAGUAAAAUUUACUAGCUUUUAUUCUGGAUUUUAAUUGGGAAAUAUGUAUUUUUUUCCCUUUUUGUGGAAAUGUUCUUGUAUCUGGUAUCAUUUUCUUGGAAAAGCCAGGUAUUUUUAAAAUUGUUAAUAACUGUAAGAUAUGUUUAAAAUACACAUUUGUAUUUACCUUUUAGGGGGGAUGGGCAUGUAUUUUUCGAUCCAUUUGAUGUAAUAAGGCAAGUGUUUUCCUCUGGAAAAUCAAUCGGCUUUUUACAUAAUUCUCUUUUUGUAACAAAAAUUAUAUUAAUAUUCUUUCCCUCAGA